UUUCCAACCUUAAUGAUUCUCUGAUAAUCUGAAGUUGGCUUCAACGCCCAAGCUUUAAAAGCACCUUCAAUCCAUGUGAGGGUGAAGCUUUGUUCAAAUCUAGACUGAACAUUUUCUGGGCUUGGUUUUUUCCAACUUAGACUGAGAUGCAGCAAAAAAUAAAGCUGUAAGAUCUGGGAGUGUUAAUUUAUUUAAUUUUUUUCAUGUCAGCAUUUGAAAUUCCAACUCCCAGUUAGGAAAUUUGUUGAAGAAAUUGUAUGAAUCAUCCAUACCAUCAAUUUAGGACCAAGCACAUGGGAAGAGAGCAGAAAAUUAGUCACUUUGUUAAUCUGCUUCCAAUAAAAUUUAUUUAGAAAUCCAUAGAGGGGGUGGGGGGAGAAAUAAAUAAAAAUGAGAGCAGCUUUUGGGAACGCUGUAACGCAUCCCUGUGCUGGCACCACAGCCACCCGCUCACUUCUCCACACUGUUUUGGGGCACUUCCCUGCUCUUUGGUUUGUGGUCACAAAAGGGACUAUCAGAAAAGCUGUUCCUCACUUUCAAAUUUAGAGGGUGGGAAGCUGCUGGGCCAUGGAAGCUUUUAUAGCAGCCAGAAUAAUGCUGCCAUGGAAGAGCAGAUAAUGUCGAGUAAGUCCUACCUCUAUGAAAACAAACCCUUCUGCCUCUGGGUUCUUUCCAAGUCUGGAGAGAGCAUUCAGGAGGGGCAGAGGUCGAGGGGCUGGUCCAGGCUGCAGGACGUUGGGAAGCUCAUUAAUAGGGCUUGGUGAAGCAGGGAAGGAUGCGGAGCUAACAAAGGGUGAGUGUGGUCAAGGGAGAGCUGAGGAAUUGCUGUCCUGGAUCCAAGGACGAGCUCUGCAUUCUUCUUAGCUAUAACCUGCUCUCUGAAUUACCACUGUGGGAAAUCCAAAGGGUCGCUUUCCCACCACCUCGGUCAGGUUGAAGCCGAAACUCCUCCACAAGAGGCAGAAGGCCGCGUCACGCCGCUCCCUGCUUUUCAGUGCUGUGGGCCAAAUGCUGGUAAAUGAUUGCUAGAGGCACUCGGCCGAGGCGGGGCCAGAGCUUGAUUUGCACCCAAACAGGUGCCUCUACCCUCGCAGCACCCCCGGGUGUCCCGCAACUGGACUCAGCACCGUUCAUCACCCCUCGCCUCACCAACUGCUGGUAUUUUGGGUGCGGAAAGGGACCCUGUCCUGCGAUGCCCCAGGGUGCCUGAAGCCCGGCAGCCACUGGGAUGGAGCUGAAGGUCUGGGUGGAUGGGAUCCAAAGGGUCGUCUGCGGCGUCUCGGAGCAAACCACCUGCCAGGAGGUGGUCAUCGCCCUGGCGCGAGCCAUAGGUCAGACAGGCCGCUAUGUCUUGGUGCAGAAGCUCCGGGAAAAGGAGAGGCAGCUCCUCCCGCUCGAGUGCCCCUUGGAGUCUCUGGCCAAGUGUGGGCAGUAUGCCAAUGAUGUGCAGUUCAUCCUGAGGCGGACGGGCCCCAGCGUGGCCGAGAGGCCAUCUUCAGAGGGUGCUCUCCAGGCUCCUGAGAGGACGUUCAUCCGGGCCAGUCUGCCCAUCAAACCCCGGGCCCUGAGCACGGACGUACCUCGGCCCCGGGAGCCGAGGAAAUCAAUGACCUUCAACUUGGGCCCCAUGGGCUCUGUCGACCCGUAUGCAAAGAGCCGCUGGAGGCAGCAUGCCUGGGAGGGGAUGGACUUGAAGGACGGUGGGGCCAGCCAGCCCUCCAAGGAGGAGCUGUUUAAGACAGUGCUGCGUCAACAAGAGCAACUGCACUCCUUGGAGGCACAUGGGGACACACUGGAGACAGACCUGCGGCUCUGGGAGCAUGGUCGGGCCUCCAGCCAGGAGGAUGAGAUCCUCUAUUUGGAGCACCUGGUGCGGAGGAAUGAUACGGAGCUGGGCGAGGAGGAGUUUUGGCAGAGCGAGCUGCGGCUGGAGAAGGAGUGUGAGCGGGAGAGGCAGGAGCGGGUAAGGAGCCUGCGGGCCAGCCUGGAGGAGUACACGCAGAGGAUCUACGAGCUGAGCGCCCGCACUGAGGCCCUGCAGAAAGAGAUUCAGUGGGAGAUGGCCGAGAGGGCCAAGAGGGGCAAGGAGAUCCCUGUGCCGAGCCCCACGGACUUGGAAGACAUGGCUGCCAAAAUGAAAAGGGAUCUGGAAGCCAAGGUCAAGCAGGGCACGCAGCUGGAGAGCAACCUGGCCAGCGUAGAGAAGGCCCUGGAAGAAGCUGAAAGGAGCCUGCAGGCCCAGAACCAAGAGCUGGAGGAGUUAAAUAAGGAGCUGAGGCAGUGUAAUUUGCAGCAGUUUAUUCAGCAGACGGGAGCCACGGUGGCCGUCGGGCAGGCCAGGUCUGAGGAAGAUGCCCAGCCGGAGCUGAGCCCACGCGAGCUGCCAGCCUGCCGGCGAAAUGGAGGGUUUCCUCCCACCGGUGCCGAUUCGCCACCCUGUGCCAGCACCAAGCAGCUCCUCGGCCAUCCCCGGACCCUGCCGGAGCCCCUGGUGCCCAGCCUGAACCCUGAGGUCAUAUCAACCAGGCAAAGCAUCUGGAGGUAGAAGGGCCCAGCCAGUGGACGAUUGGUUGCCUUGCAAGUGUAACUGUAUAAAUAAAACCAAAUUCCCUAUAUAUAUUACGUUUUUUACUGCUUUAUAUCACGAAUGGAUGCGGAUGGCCAGACAGAGUAUUUUUACAGACUGUAAGAUAAAACAAUGGCCGACCAAACAAAACAACCCAACUACUCCUAUGUGGAUGAAAUGAACUCUUUCUAUUUUUUUAAAGUGCUUUCUAUAUUUAACACAAAAUGGCAGCGCCUAUGUGCCAUGUGGACUUCUGAGAAGACCUGCUAUGUGUUCCUAGAGGUCCUUGCUCCUUUGGAUAGCAGAACAAAGCCGUGUUGGGAUGGCUGGUGACAUCUGCUUUGGGCUGCUCACGAGGCUCACUCAGGUGAAACAGGCUUCACAGGAAAACAGCAAGUUUUACAGCUCUGUGCUGUGAAGAGGAGCUUGCACUGGCAAGACGGAUAUGAUGUCCUGUGCUAGCAGUGAGGGGAAGACUCGCUCAUCUUGCUCACCCACAUCUGCUGCUCUCAAGCCACGCUGACAGCCAGCAAGUGCACCCCUGAAUGAUUGAGUGCCAGUGACCGCCAGCACCCUGCCAUCCUCUUGCAUAAGUGCAGUGUGGAUCUUCCAGUUGGCAGUCCUGCCCUCCUUGGGUUUGGCCCCAGCUGCUCCUGAUGGGCUCUCCCAAAACCCCACAACCCUGUGUCAAGGCAGCACAGGGAUGCCCCAGGUACAGCUGUCUUGCCCAUGUGUCCGUCCUUGCCAUACCUACAAGGGCAGUGUGCCUGCUCUGGAGUGGCUGUCUCAGGAGCAUGGAGAUGUGCCAGGACUAUCAGAUGAGUUGGUGGGUUUUAAAAACAGCGAUGAGGCACACAGGCAGCUUUUUAAUGCAACUUUCUGGCCCCCUUUUUUUAUGAUAAGACCUGCAGUAGAAACCUUGUUCCUAUGGUGCUGAGAGGGAGUGAGAAACAAGCAGCUGUUCCCUGGGGGAAACAACCUGGAAGUGACAACCAGGCUUCAAGGGACCACAGCUGGAGACUGUUUUUUCUGAAGCCCACUUGGUUUUUUAACUUGUUUUUAAAUCAGCAACAUGCCAGCAGGAUGAGCCCUUCCCUGAGUGCCUGUGGCUGGAGCAUGCAGGGCAGAAACACUUUUGGUGACAUUUCACUGAAUGCUCUGUUUUAUUUGUCUGUUUUUUGAGUUUUGGUUGUGUAUUGUUUUUUGUUUGUUUUUUUUUUUACUUGAUGGCCAGUAGUUCCUCUGUUUCUGUUCAUCUGUCUCCACAGGUCAUGUUGUAUUUUAAUUGUGGCUGGGAAGGGGACAGUUUGUCCAGGAGGUCCCAGAGCCCUGGCCUCUUUGUUUUCUACGUCUGCUCUGCUGUAUGCAAAAAAUGUGACUUGGAUGCUGUGUUCUCUGUAAAACACACUUUCCAUGUAUGAAUGUAUCCUGCAUACUACGGCAUUGUCUGGUUUCAAUUUUAAAUAAAUCUUUUGGAAAGGA